AAUUUUUUUUUUUAAUUUAGCUUUUUUUGCACCCCGGCUGGCUCUGGCUUGGGUUGGGUUGGAUUGGGGUGCGUGCUGUGUGUCGGGGGGGGGGUGUUGGUGGUGGAAGAGAAAAAGCGCAGAAGAAAGUUUGGCCAAGCGGCUCCGUCCGGGGCGCCCCACGCGCGCGCGCGAGCGGGAGAGCGCGGCCCAGGAGGACACGCUCCGGGACGGACGGACGGACAGACGGACGUGAAUCGGGUUGGGGACCCCCUUCACCGGCAAUCGGGGAGCCUGGAGGCCGGCAGCCCCCCUCCCCGAGCAUUCACAUUAAAGAAGACCUUCCAUGAUUAGUUGGCGCAGAUACUGGAAUACUAAAAACAAAACAGGUCUGCAGACCAAGGCGAACUGUUGGAGCAAGGGAGCAAAGGUAGAGUGAUGUAAUGCCCCGGCUGCCCCAAAGCAUCUUUUGUUGUGGCUUGGAGAGUGCAGUCAUCUCUUUAUGAAUCCAGUGUGAGGGGUUGCUUUGUGGACGGAGUUUUCUGCAAGAGCGCAUCAACGAAGGGCAAAGAGAAAGAGACAUUCACUUGGAGGCUUUGCUGAAAUGGGUUUAACUCUCCUUUCGCCAGUCCGCACCAGGCUGACCUCAUCCAUGGCUAGUACAAUGGAGCGGCUGAGCCUGUGAGCGCACCCGCAUUACAUCAUCGUGGCCAAUUAAAGGAGGAGGUGGGAAAAACAGAGCGAUUGUUGCCAUGGCCCAGGAGAUGAUUGGGACACAAAUUGUUACUGAGAGGUUGGUGGCUCUGCUGGAAAGUGGGGCGGAAAAAGUGCUGCUCAUUGAUAGCCGGCCGUUUGUGGAAUACAAUACAUCGCACAUUCUGGAAGCCAUUAAUAUCAACUGCUCCAAGCUGAUGAAGCGGAGGUUGCAGCAGGACAAAGUGCUGAUCACGGAGCUCAUCCAGCACUCGGCCAAGCAGAAGGUGGAUGUGGACUGCACUCAGAGGGUCGUGGUUUAUGACCAGAGCUCGCAGGAUGUGGCCUCGCUGGCCCCCGACUGCUUCCUCACCGUCCUCCUGGGGAAACUGGAGAAGAGCUUCAGCUCGGUGCACCUGCUUGCGGGUGGCUUCGCAGAGUUCUCCCGCUGCUUUCCUGGCCUCUGCGAGGGGAAAUCCGCCCUGGUGCCCACCUGCAUCUCUCAGCCUUGCUUACCUGUGGCCAACAUUGGGCCUACCCGCAUCCUCCCCAAUCUUUAUCUCGGCUGCCAGCGAGACGUCCUCAACAAGGACCUGAUGCAGCAGAACGGGAUCGGCUACGUGCUCAAUGCCAGCAGUACCUGCCCAAAGCCUGAUUUCAUCCCUGACUCUCAUUUCCUGCGUGUGCCUGUGAAUGACAGCUUCUGUGAGAAAAUUUUGCCCUGGCUGGACAAAUCAGUCGAUUUCAUCGAGAAGGCCAAGGCCUCCAAUGGCUGUGUGCUAGUGCACUGCCUGGCCGGCAUCUCCCGCUCUGCCACCAUCGCCAUCGCCUACAUCAUGAAGAGGAUGGACAUGUCCCUGGACGAGGCCUACAGAUUUGUGAAAGAGAAGAGACCCACGAUAUCGCCAAACUUUAAUUUCCUGGGCCAGCUCCUGGACUACGAGAAGAAGAUUAAGAGCCAGACUGGUGCGCCAGGACUGAAGAGCAAACUGAAGCUGCUGCACCUGGAGAAGUCAAGCGAGCCCGGUCCUGCCGCCGCGGAGGGUGGACUGAAGAGUGAGGUGCCCCUUGGCUCCUCCUGUGCCCACUCUGCUACCUCAGAGGCCUCAGGGCAACGGCCUGGGCCCCCCGCAGGUGUGCCCAGCACCCAGCACGGCCUGCCAGAGGACGGACCCCUGUUGCAGGCGCUCAAUGGGCUGCACCUGCCCUCGGACAAGCUGGAAGACAGCAAUAAGCUCAAGCGCUCUUUCUCACUGGACAUCAAGUCUGUCUCGUACUCGGCCAGCGUGGCGGCCUCACUGCACGCACUCUCCUCUGAAGAGGCCCUGGACUACUACAAACCCUCCACGACGCUGGACGGGACCAGCAAGCUUUGCCAGUUCUCCCCGGUGGAGGAAGUCUCCGAGCAGAGCCCCGAGAGCAGCCCGGACAAGGAGCAGGCCAACGGCCCCCCACAGCCACAGCCUGCCCGGCCCCCUGAGAGCCAGAGCCAGCAGCGGCUGCACCCUCCUCGAGCCCCCCCAAGGUCCCUCCCGUCCCCCCUGCACCGGAGCGGCAGUGUGGAGGACAAUUAUCACACCAACUUCCUCUUCGGCCUGUCCACCAGCCAGCAGCAUCUCACCAAAUCUGCCGCCGCCGGCCUGGGCCUCAAGGGCUGGCACUCGGACAUCUUGGCCCCCCACACCUCCACUGCCUCUCUGACCAACAGCUGGUAUUUUGCCACCGAGUCCUCUCACUUCUACUCGGCCUCGACCAUCUACGGCUCCUCGGCCUACAGCUGCAGCCAGCUGCCCACCUGCGGCGAGCAAGGCCUGUCUGUGCGCCGGCGGCACAAGCCCAGUGACCGUGCUGACUCCCGGCGUAGCUGGCAUGAGGAGAGCCCCUUUGAGAAGCAGUUCAAGCGCCGGAGCUGCCAGAUGGAGUUUGGCGAGGGGCUCCUGUCGGAGAACCGGGCGCGGGAGGAGCUGGGCAAGGUGGGCAGCCAGUCGAGCUUCUCAGGCAGCAUGGAAAUCAUCGAAGUCUCCUGAGCGGGUGGUGCCGCUCCCAAAUACUAGUCCCUGUAAAUCUGAAAUAUAUAUAUGUGUACAUA